GCAGCGAUGGCGCCCUCUCUCCUGCAGGCGUACAGGAGGCGCUGGUGGAUGGCGGUGACGGCGGUGCUGGAGAACCUGCUGUGUUCGGCCGUGCUGCUGGGAUGGGGCUCGCUGCUCAUCAUGCUGAAGCGAGAGGGCUUCUACUCUCACCUGUGCUCAGUGAAUGAGUCCUUCCCCAUGUCUUUGGGUAACUCUUCUGAAGGUGACGCUGAGUGGCUCUACUGCUUGGACCAGGAAGAGAUGCUGAAUCUGGGCUUCACUAUUGGGUCCUUCUUGCUCAGUGCCACCACCCUGCCACUCGGGAUCCUGAUGGACAGGUUUGGGCCACGCCCAAUUCGCCUGGUGGGCAGUUUCUGUUUCGGCCUGUCCUGUGUUAUAAUGGCAGGGUCUGACUACAAUCCUCAGGACCUGUCAGCGCUCAUUUUCUUGGCUCUCUCCUUUAAUGGCUUCGGAGGCAUCUGUCUGACCUUCACAUCACUCACGGUGAGACACAAUAAUAGACCGAUACUUAUAAGACCAAUGUUUUAA